UUAUCCAGGGCCGGAAGUCGCUGAGUACAGAUGGUGUAGGGGAAAAUCUGUAGGUGUCGGGACCUUGUUGGUAUCGCGGUUCGGUAGUUUAUCUUUACAGUUAACUUCCUUUUUUUUUUUUUUUUUUUUUUUUUUUUUUUUUUUUUUUUAAAUUUUGAGCCUUUAGAAAGACAGAUUUCGCAACAUGUUAGGAGCAUGAGGCUCUCACCAUAGAGAGGCCCCUCCUUACACCCACUUAACCGAAUGGACGGACCCUCGAUCCCUGUGUCCAGCAAGUAAGGCAGCGUGCGCCUUCACCGUGUAUGGUUUUAGUUCUGUGCACUGGGGGACCCCCAACCCCGGACGACCUUCCCUUUGAGACUCCAGACACCUCCCUCUUGUGGUCUCUGUCCCCGCGGGGAGCCCAGCCCACGGGUGCGACCCGGAAUGAAGCUGGACAGCGCGGACGAGAAGGCGGGGGUCGGCCGCUCCCUGCCUGCAGAGGGCUCGCCCCCCGCCCUCGAACAAGCCUUCUGCAAGAUCCUGCACGGUCUCGGCCGCCACGAGUCAUCAGGACGAGGCAACGCAAGAAAUGCCGCUCUGCAAGACCUCAGCGCCUUAAUAGAAGCCGCCGAGGGUGACAGAUUAUUCGAGGGGAGUGGGAGCGGUGGAUCCCUCCGGGGGAUGCCCGAGACCCUGGGACAGGUGGCGAAAGCCCUGGAGAAGUUCGCCGCACCCAGGGAGGCGGCAGAUGGAAGCGAAGAGCAUCCCCAAGUGCCCGAGAAGGCAGCUGAAGUUGGAUCUCUGUUUCUGAAGCUGUUGGGGAAGGUUGAAACUGCCAAGAGUUCCCCCGACUGCCCUGCAUGGAAGACAGGCCUCCGACACUUGUCAGGACCCACGUAUGUUUUUGCCAUCACACACAGACUGAAGCAGCCGUGGACCAGUCCAAAGUCUCAGCAUGUUGCGGGUGAGGUGCUGUCUUUACUGCUUCGAGUUACCGAGUGCAGUUCUGUGGCAGGAUUCCUAUACGGAGAAAAUGAAGAUGAUCGAGGGAGAUUUGCUGUGGUCUUGGGUCUUCUUAAGCCCCAUUUGAAUAAGGAAACCUGGAAGAAGAAUCCUGCUGUCAAACAUGUUUUCUCGUGGACUCUCCAACAAGUCACUCAGCCCUGGCUGAGCCAGCAUCUAGAAAAGAUAGUUCCCCCAUCUUUGCUCAUCUCAGAUGACUAUCAGACUGAGAAUAAAAUCUUAGGUGUCCAGUGCCUCCAUCACAUUGUGGUUAAUGUGCCAGCUGCUGAUUUGCUGCAGUACAACAGAGCCCAGGUCCUCUACCACGCCCUUCUCAGCCACCUGUACAUGCCCGAGCACCACCUCAUUCAGGCUGUGCUCCUGUGCCUCUUAGACUUGUUCCCUGUCCUAGAGAAGGGCCUGCACUGGCAGGGCGAGGCAGUUCGAGCUGCCACACACUGUCAUGAGGUGCUGCAGCUGGUCCUCACCCACAUGGAGCCGGAGCACCGCCUUGCGCUGCGUCGGACUUACGCCAGCCACCUUCCAGCCUUUGUGAGCAAGUUGGGGAUCCUAACUGUCCGGCACUUAAAGAGGCUGGAACGAGUUAUCCUUGGUUAUCUGGAGGUUUACGAUGAACCAGAAGAUGAAACUAGGUUGAAGAUCCUGGAAACCCUGAAGCUUGUCAUGCAGUAUACUUGGCCCAGAAUUUCCUGCAGAGUUGUGGUCUUACUAAAGGCUCUCCUGAAACUGAUCUGUGAUGUGGCGAGGGAUAUGAUCCCCACAACUGAGGCUGCCAAGACUGCAGUGCUCCAGGAAGCCACAGACUGCCUGAUUCUUCUGGACCACUGUUCACAGGGGCAGGUGAAGGAUCUUCUGGCUAGAAUUGCGAUAUCUUGUGAAGACAGCACAGUGGUAAGCUGCAUCAGGAAGGUGCGGCAGGGCUCUGCUGAUUCUCCUGGCGAAGACCCUGAAGAUGACUAACCCGCAAAAGAGGUUGCUCCUCUUAUCCCAGAUCACAUGGAUGGAGUUAUGGGGGUAAAAGAAAAAAAUCUAUUUUUGUAUUAAAAUAUUUUAAGUUGAAA